AUGACAAUUCCGGAAGAAUGCUGGUGCCCUUGUGCGAACGUGUCGAUCUUUGCCCAUUCUUUGGGGUCAGUCAUCGCGUACGACCUGCUCACCCACGGCCCUGGCGUCGUCUCCUCCACCGGCAUGCGGUUCCCAGGGCUUGACUCCCCGUCGAAAACCUCUUUGCCGCUGGUUCCCCGUUCCGAUCAUACUCUUGGCGCGCGGCGACGUCGCAUUGGAUCACCAGAACGAUGUUACAGCCUCUUCCACUUUGGUGAAACUCGUCCAAAGUGCAACUACUACUUGAACUUUAUCCACCCGUCCGACCCGGUGGCCUACCGCGUGGAACCCUUACUCUGUCACAGCCCCACGGCGUCGUCAGUCUCGCUCUCCACUCUGUUUGACCCCAAAGACCUGCACGGCAUGCCUUUCAUCGACCUCUACACCCGCUUUCGUUCGUCUGUAUCGAAACCAACAUCCACGAUGGCAGCGCCCUAA